GCGGUUAUAGAGAGAGGGUUGGUUGGUUACGGUAGCCGAGGAACGCCAGCAGGGGAGCUGAAGAAGAUGCCUCUGUCUCAGGGUAACAUCCUGCAGCCAUCCUGCAGCAGGAAGGCUUGCAGGAACCUCUUUGGGCCAGUUGAUCAUGAGCAGCUCCAGAAUGACUUCCAGUCCUUGAUGAAGGCGGAGUGGGAGGAGGCCCAGCGAAGGUGGAAUUUUGACUUUGAAACAGAAACCCCACUUGAAGGGGACUACAGGUGGGAGAAGAUCUCGCAUAUCAAUGUCUUGUCUCCUCAAGAUCUGCUGAGCUAUUCGAAGGAGAACAGUUGUGCUGGAGACAAGAGCCUGAGCGCCCCAGUGCUUCUCAAGAGGCAUGAGAAGAUGGACAAUCCUGGGCAGGGGAGUCUUGAGGCUGAGUCCUCAAGACAGUUGAAACGGAAGCAGACGAGCAUUAAAGACUUCUACAGCUCAAAGCGGAGAACUAUCCCAUACAAAGCAAAUCCAUGAUACUGCAAAGCAACCGAAAUCCUUCUACAGUUUCUUUGUUGAAGAUGCUGUUUUUGCUAUUAGUAGCUGAAAUGGCCUACUUGGGCUCAACAUCCAGUGGAAUCACCGAGAUGAGUGUUUGAAGGAGCAGUUAAUCGGAAUUUGGGACGUUUGCUCUGAAGACUCUUGCCAAUCUGUUGUAUUUCAUAAAACUGUUUAGUGAAUAUAACACCUGAGAAGAUUGUAGAUCUCCUUCUCUUAUUUAUGAAUAGCACUGGAGACUUAUGUGCAAUGUAGUAUUGUAAAGCCUUAUCUUUAAAACAGACUUAAUGUGGCUGAGGAAGAAAUGUGUUUAAUGUGCUGACUGCAGAGAGCUACCAUGAUGCUUGCAAUGAAGGAUCAGUGCAAGUUCUGGCUGUGAAUCCUGUCUACUAGCACAGUAGCCAUUUGUUUUUCAUAUUUGCCUCAGGUAAAAGAUUGUUUGUAUUCUACCAUUAGAGUGCAUUCUACCAAAGGCACUUGCCUUCUUUUUCUAUGUGCUUUUUCUUUUCUGAAGCUUUCUGACCCCUGGAAUAGCCUUUCCUGGGGUUGCAGGAUUUGUGCUGAAGAAGAGCCGUGAGGGUCAGUGGGCUGGUCUCAUGGAUGAAAUUGACCCAUUCUUUAGCUAGUAGCAGAGCAGGGCUUGCAGAAGAGGAGUGAUUUCAUCUUCUUGUUCUCCUUGCUCCAGCCCCUCCCAACUCAUGCAGCUGUUUCUCCAUGUGGUCCUAUAACCCUGGGCAUGAUCUUCUCAGGGGAACGGCUGCAAAGAGAGGAAUGUAGGAAAAUGAGGUGUUCAUACAUGGGGUGGUAGGAUACUGGCCAAUAUCUUUAGAAGAUAAUACUCUCCUUUAUCCUUGUAUGUUAGUAUGAUAGCUGUCACGGGGGCAGGGAGGGAAGAGAAGGACCGACUUAGUCUAGCAAGCUAUUUCAUCCUCUCCUGAAGGUAGAAACCAUGUUAUGGUGAGCGGUAGAGUCACUCUUACAGCUAUAGUUUGCAAAUAGAUACCUGGGUGAUGUUUCCUUGCUCAGACAGUACUAGAUAGCACCUAAUCAUUAUAAUGUUGAUGCUGUUUACUGUGCAGCCUGAACUUGCUUUUUCAUAGGCAAAACUCUGUAUGAUCAUGGAUACUAAUCUUGGAGCAAAUUACCUACUUUGUAUGGGUAACACUAGCCCAUGUAGCCAUGCGUCUCUCAAAUAUACCUCAAUACCCUCUCUGAGCUUCUUUUGUUUAAAAAGUAUUGGGAUAGUUUCUCCAGUGUAGUCACUCAACCUGGGUUUUGUAUAGUACAGAUCUCUACCAAUGUAUCCUUUGGCCUUAAUUGUUUUAAACUCUAAAACACAAUGGAUGGCAGCUGGGGUGGUUGUGGCACUGCCAGGGCUUUCAGUUCUCAUGACUUAUCCCCUUCCAAAACCCCUAUGCUUGGGAUGAUAAAGCGUUUAGUCCUAGAGGCUUUCAUUAACUUCCAGAGUUACCUAAAUUCUGGCCAGCUGUGCUGAAAGAACAGGGCAUUUUAAGCUUAUUGAGGAAAUUGGCACUUACCUCUUACACUCCAGCCCUAUUUUCUCAAUGUGAGAAGUGGAUUCAGAGUGUUUCACUCUGAGCUUGAGGUGGAUGCUUUGUUUGCUGCUGGUGUCUGAUUGUCAAAAUCUCAGAGUUUAAUACUGACCUUUGAAACGAAGGCUUUAGAAAUUGAGGGCCCACAUCUCAAGUGGCACAGUGCAAGCCACAACUGUUAACUGUGUCUUGCCUGUUUGCAGUAGGCUGUUUUUGUUGUUCAUGCUUGCAGCAUGGGGCAGUAUUCCUUUCUGUCCAUAUCAUGGAAGCUCUGUUAUCAGUGGCUGUGCUUUAUGAAGAACUUCCUCCUUAAUGAAAAGAGGAGGAGCUGGAAGUCGGAAGCAAACUGUAAACCUCUGAAGCCCCUCCCCCUUUUUGUGGUUACUGAAAGGUACAUUCCACUUGACUGCUUUUAUGUUGCAGGGAAAAAUAGUGGGGGAUAACAGUUUCUGAUUUGUACAGCUUUAUCUUUGACAGACAAUACAGGUGUGCUUUGUUUUGCCUCCUUUUUGCAGUGUGCCCCCUUCUCAUAGUCUAGGCAGGAUGUGAAAUGGGGGACAGGGUCAAGCAUCUUGUGCAUUGCUGGGGGAAUGGUGGAGGGAAUGAUAUAGCUGCUGGAGCUGAAACACUACCAGACAUAUGUUAUGGAACAUAUAAAAAUACCUUGUGUUUUUGAGCAAGAUCUCAAAAGUAGCUCUGCUUCAUGCAACUCCUUGAGCAUGAAGGAUGGGUUUGUAAGGUGGUUCAGAAGGUUGCUUUGCAAGUACCCUUCCAAUACAGAAGCCCAUUGGGGUUUGGAUGGAGAAAUGUGUGGCAUUCCAUACCACACAACAGUGUAUGGCGCAAGAGCUAUCCUGACAGAAGUACAGACAUGGGCACUUUUUAAAAAAAAAAAAAAGCUACUAAAUUUUCCUGUGGCUGCCUGAGCAUUUUGGCUAAAGCAGCUGUGGCCUGGCCACUUUAACCAUUGCACUUUUGCAUUCAGGGUAAUGCUAUGAUACUGUCAGCACUAAUCUGUUUGUGAAUAUAAUGCUGCUGUAUUAAAUAGUGUAAAAAUAAAAUGACUUCACCGUGGAGUACUA